ACCCUGCCAGCCAGCCACGAGGCUACUUCGAUAGUUCGAUCCCCCUCUCCACCUCUCCCUCGUCGGGUCCGAUGCCCUAGCUCGGCGGCCGUCGCUCCUCCAGUUCCCCACCCGUCACUUGCCGCUUCCUCCCACCGUUGCUCCGCUGUCCCAGAGCUCGUCACACCGCCACAUCCCUGCCGCCGACCGCCGCACUUGGAAGAACCAGAUCGAGACCAAGAGCCGAGACGGGAGACGCGACGCACACUGCCGUACCCUUCGCCAUCUCCAUCUGGUUUUCCCUGAAGUAUGACCUGUGGACAAGUCUAGAGCUGUGGAGGAAGAUACAAAGGAAUUGCUGGCAUAAUUUUUCAUCUGGGAAAAGAUCAGUUGACAUCAUAAAAUGGCUGGAAAUCAGCAGACGGCUUCAGUUGUGCUGAAUGACACAACAAUCAUUGAUGCCAAACCGUUGCGCACACUGACCCCCAUGUUCCCUGCACCGCUUGGGAUGCACACUUUCACCCCUAAAAGCUCACCUUCAGUUGUCUGUGUCAGCCCGUUUGGACCAUAUGCUGGAGGUGCCUACCUGGGAAUGCCUGCUGGUGUUCCACCAGUGUUUACAUCUGCUCCUGCAGAUCCCCACCUGGCGCAGCCAUAUAUGGUUCACAUGAAUGGGGUUGCAAAUGCUAAUGGUACUGCAAACAACACAAUGGUCACCCCUGUGUUGCAAACUCCCCCAGCGGUCUCUACACAGGAAUCUGGUAAGAAGAAGAGGGGGAGGCCGAAACGUGUGCAAGAAACUACUGUUCCGUCCGUUCCUCCACUUCAUUUGGUUCCUGCGGAUCCUCCAGUUAAUUUGGUUCCUGCAGAUCCUCCAGUUAAUUUGGUUCCUUCAGUUCCUUCAGCUCCCCCGGAAAGUAAUGAUAUUGUUCUCCAGACACCCCCUUCUACAAUUUCGCAUGAAUCUGGUAAGAGGAAGAGGGGACGACCCAAGCGUGUGCCAGAUGUUUCUGUCUUACCAACUCCUUCAGCGCCUGUACCAGAUGUUUCUGUCUUACCAACUCCUUCAGUGCCUGUACCGGUUGUUUCUGUCUUACCAACUCCUUUAGUGCCUGUACCGGAUGUUUCUGUCUUACCAACUCCUUCAGUGCGUGUACAGGAUGGUAAACCUGUCUCCCAGACACCUCCUGCAUCCAGUGUGCAUGAAUCUGGUAUGAAUAAAAGGGGACGCCCCAAACGUGUACAGGAUAGUUCAGAUACUCCAACUCCUACAAAAAAGAGUGAGCCCUUUAUGCAGACACUUUCUGCAGUCACCUCACUAGAGGAUGGUAAGAGGAAGAGAGGACGGCCGAAGCGUGUGCCUGAUAGUUCAGUAACUGCUUCAAGUCAUUCAGGCCUUUCAAUAGAUGCUGACACUGGUGACACAUCAAAGCGUGGACGGCCUAGGAAAAUUGAUACUACCCUGCUGCACCUGCCCUCUUUGUCUUCAGAUGAUCCUAGAGAAUCUGUAGAUAAUGUACUUCUGAUGUUUGAUGCACUGCGGCGGCGACUCAUGCAGCUGGAUGAGGUUAAGCAAGUAGCAAAGCAACAGCAUAACAUGAAGGCCGGAAGUAUCAUGAUGAGCUCUGAACUUCGCAUCAACAAGAACAAGAGGAUUGGAGAGGUUUCAGGUGUCGAGGUUGGUGACAUGUUCUACUUCAGAAUCGAAAUGUGCCUGGUAGGGCUGAAUAGUCAGAGCAUGGCAGGGAUAGAUUACAUGUCUGCUAAGUUCGGUAAUGAAGAGGACCCUGUGGCCAUUUGUGUAGUAUCAUCUGGAAUGUAUGAGAAUACUGAAGAUGAUCCAGAGGUUCUGGUUUACGCAGGACAUGGCAUGUCUGGGAAGGAUGAUCAAAAGCUUGAGAGAGGCAAUCUUGCACUGGAGAGGAGUUUGCAUAGAGGUAAUCCCGUCCGAGUCGUUCGCAGUGUAAAAGACUGGACUUGUUCAACUGGUAAGAUAUACAUAUAUGAUGGCCUUUACAAGAUCAGAGAAGCCUGGGUGGAGAAAGGAAAGUCUGGUUUCAAUGUGUUUAAACACAAGUUGCUCAGGGAACCUGGCCAACCUGAUGGCAUUGCUGUGUGGAAGAAGACUGAGAAAUGGAGGGAAAAUCCAUCCUCUAGAGAUCGUGUUAUAUUACACGACAUAUCACACGGUAUGGAAAGUAAGCCUGUCUGCCUUGUAAAUGAGGUUGAUGAUGAGAAAGGUCCUAGCCACUUCACAUAUACAACUAAACUUAACUACAUGAAUUCUCUGAGCUCAAUGAGAAAGAUGCAAGGUUGCAAAUGCACAAGUGUAUGCCUACCUGGUGAUAACAACUGUUCCUGUACACAUCGAAAUGCUGGUGACCUUCCUUACAGUGCUUCAGGCAUACUUGUUAGCCGGAUGCCUAUGUUGUACGAGUGCAAUGAUUCAUGCACUUGUUUAUAUAAUUGCCGGAACCGGGUUGUGCAAAAGGGUACCCAGAUCCACUUCGAAGUGUUUAAGACUGGAGAUCGAGGUUGGGGCCUUCGUAGUUGGGACCCAAUUCGAGCUGGCACAUUUAUCUGUGAAUAUGCUGGUGUAAUUGUUGAUAAGACUACUGUUGAGGCAGAAGAUGAUUACAUUUUUGAGACCCCUUCUUCUGAGCAGAGCUUAAGAUGGAACUACGCACCAGAAUUACUGGGUGAACCUAAUCUUUCUGACUUGAAUGAAUCAUCUAAGCAGCUGCCAUUAGUUAUUAGUGCAAAACGAGCUGGCAACAUAGCUCGCUUUAUGAACCACAGCUGCUCACCUAACGUUUUUUGGCAACCAGUUCUAUAUGACCAUGGUGAUGAGGGAUAUCCACAUAUCGCGUUCUUCGCAAUCAAGCAUAUUCCUCCAAUGACAGAGCUUACAUAUGAUUAUGGUCAGAGCCAAGGUAAUAUCCAACAGGGAAUUAAUUCUGGGCGUCGGAAGUCCAAAAAUUGCUUAUGUUGGUCUCGCAAGUGCAGAGCUUCCUUCGGUUAAAUAAGCAACCACAUAUGGGAAUCAUGGAAGCAUAAUUUAGCAGUUCGAGAAACAGCUGAUCGUUGUGGCAUCAGAAGCAGCAGGGGUGUAUUUCCUGUUCCAUCCACAAUUGAAAUAGGUGUGCCCCUCUUCGUGGCUAGAAUGCCAGAGUAUAGAAUUUUGUUGGGCAAAGCACCAGAUCUUUCAAUAAGGGCAAUCUAUGUUUACUAUGUUGUUAGUGUAGUUAUCUGGUCCUGUCUAAGACCACCCAGUCGAACUUUAUGUGUGAUCGCAAGAUCUUUCCAGAAUCUUGCGGGGCAGUAGCGGAUCUAUCGUUUUAUACUUUGUAAUCCUAGUGGCUGCAUAAUGCAUCCUGUAGUCUCCAUGGAGAGUGAAUGAAAGCCAUAAUAACUGUGUGGCAGCUGGGUUUAAUAAUUUGGAAUUGGCUGUGUUCGUAGCA